AUGCUGAGCACGCUCCCCCGGCGCGCCACCAGCGCCCUCCCGCGACUCCGAACCCUCCCAGCACACCACGCCCAACCCUUCUCAACAACCCGCCUCUCCCUCCGACCGCGCCUGACAACCAAUACAACGACACUCCUAUCCCUACAAUCAGCACCAACCCCCAAAACCCUUAUCCACAGCCCCCUCACGACACCACAAGCACGACGCACGCUCACGACGGCCCAAAAAUGGAAGCUGGGGUUCCGGAAAGCGCGCAAGGACAUCUGGCGCAAGAACCCGAUCCUGCUACCGCUGGCGAUCCUGUCCGUGGUCACGGCGACGGGGCUGUUCGCGUACAUCGCGUACGUGGAGGUGACGCAGGUGGCGCCGCAGUACACGAAGUUCCCGCCGCCGAUGGCGGAGCGGCUGCGGACGGCAGUGUACUACACGGAGGUGGACCUGCAGCCGAGCAAGGCGCUGAAGGCGUACCAGGACGCGUACAAGAUCGGAAUCGAGAUGGGCUUGCACCCGUUUUCGGACGAGAUGGUGGGCGUGCGGCUGCAGAUUGCGCAUAUGUUUGAGAAGGCUGGGCUGGUGUCUGCGGCUGUGAGCGUGUUGGAGCAGACGAGGCAGGUUGCGUUGCAGUGGGUGCAGAGGAGUCGGAAGGAGCGUCCCGACGAGGAGGGGCGGCCCGUCAUCGCGGCUGAGCUGGACAGUGCCAAACUGGCUGAAUUGAGCCCGGAGCUGGCGGCUGAGGUCGAGGCGCGGAAGGAGUCCGAGGCCUGGGAGGACCGCCAGGUCAACAAGGUGCUCAAGAAGAUCGUCGGCAUCUCGAUGAAGAUCGCCGAGCUGUGCGACAGCGACUACAUCCAGGACUCCGAGAAGGCCGAGCAGAACCAGAGCUACGCCGUCCAGCUGUGUCUGAAGGAGAUGCAGCGCCGCGUCGACCUCGGCCUCCCCGUGGGCAACAAGGCCACCACCGCUCCCGCUCCCGCAUCCGCUCGCACCACCGAAACCCCCGACAACACUACCGACAACACCGACGAAGACGACGGCUGGAUGAACCUCGAGGAGAUUGCCACCGCCCUGGCGGAUCUGGCCACCCAUUAUUACAACCAGGGCAAGCCGGAGCUCAGCAUGCCGCUGUUCAUCCGCGCCCUCGACGUGGUGAUGGCCGCCGAGAAAGCCAACCCGACAUGCAAGGUGCCUCUGCUGAUGGCCUCGAUCGGUGCAAGCAUGGGCGAUCUCGCCCUCGCUUCCAAGGCGCCACCCGGUGUGGUGACGGAGCGGAAGACGGUGAUUGCCGGUGCCCGCAAAUGGCUCGAGCGCGCCACCGCAAGCGCAGCGAAUGUCGACCCCAAGGGCCAGGACGCACAGUGCACCGAGGCCUGUGUGGCUGCGUUGCGCACUCUGGGCGAGCUGGCGCGGUUUGAGAACCAGUCCGGAGACGCGAAGAAGUUUUACCAGGACGCCUUGAGCGCUGCUCGGCGCUUGGAGGAUCCCGCCAUGACGGAGGAUCUUAAGGCUGCGUUGAAGGCGAUCAAGACGAAGUAGACUAGGGCAGCUUUGUCGAGCUAAACCUCUCUGCUUGGAUUGUCCUUGGGAGUAGGUUUACUC